AUGACAAGAUUUGCAGGAAAAUAUAAUCUGUAUCUUUACCGAGAGAAAGGCGUAGAUGAUUCAGAGCAGCCUACAGGUGUACCUGUUUUAUUUAUUCCUGGUCAUGCAGGCAGCUAUAAACAAGUCAGAUCAAUAGCCGCUGAGGCGACUUUCUACUAUUAUAAGCAUUAUGCUCAUGAUCCAGAAAAGUGGCACAGUGGCGUUAGAAAUUUGGAUUUCUUCACAGUCGAUUUUCAUGAAGAGUUCUCAGCACUGCAUGGACAAUCUCUAUUAGAACAAGCGGAAUAUCUAAACGAUGCUGUAGAUUAUAUCUUAAAGUUAUACCCGCAAUCACGUCAACAAAAAUAUAGCUACAAAACAGGCGCUACCACUACCACAUCAACAACGUCAGGUCAUAAAAUAGAAACAACUCCACCGCCAGACCCUACCUCUGUCAUCAUCAUUGGUCACUCGAUGGGCGGUAUUGUUGCAAGAACUAUGUUCACCAUGAGCAAUUAUCAACACGGUACGAUUAAUACUGUCAUCACCAUGUCUACGCCGCAUAUGUUGCCACCCGCGCCGUUCGACUGGCAAAUAUCCAAACUCUACGACGAUAUAAAUCAGUUUUGGCGAGAAGGUUUUUCUCCACAGGAACAACCUCAACUUUCCUACAACCAUAACAAUGCUUACCCACCUCCCCCUCAUAUUUCUUUACGUGAUAUAUCCAUUGUGUCUAUUGCAGGAGGCACAUUGGACAAUACCGUAUGCAGCGAUUCUACAAAUAUUGGAAGCAUUGUUCCUGCCACUCAUGGAUUUACCGUUUUUACAACAGCCGUGCCCUAUGUAUGGACAGGCUCAGAUCAUGUCUCUAUCUUGAAUUGCAAUCAAUUUGUGAAAGUCAUAGCAAAAACGUUGUUGGAUCUAGUCGAUGUUAGAAGAGGUUCUCAAACUAAAGCCUUGGAAGAAAGAAUGCAGAUCUUGCGUCAAACGCUUUUAAGCGGUUUAGAAGACCGUAAAGGGGAUGGUUCGGACGUUCAACUCGGCAAUUUGAGCUUUUAUAAUCUUCCGUCAUCCGAUGUAUUGUAUCUCAACCCAGGCGAACGGUGGACAAUUGGAAAAGAGCCGAAAGUCAAAAUGACAUUUCUGCCGACUGUAGCCAAUGCCGAUGCCUUUGCCAUCUUAUCGGACGAUGAAGUACAUCGACCUAAGGACAAUCGUUUUGAGCUUUUGUUAUGCUCUCAAGUGUCGACAUCAACGUCACCAACACCAAAUAUAACCCGUGUUGCUUGUCGAUCCGUCAACUCUAUUUCUGUACCGGUUCCAGCAUCUACCAAGAAUGAUAUUCACCCAUUUUCAGGAAACACGUUUUCAUUUGGUGUUAUUGAAUUCAAAGAAAUGGGAGCUUAUUCCUACUUCACUGUGCUCGAUAAACACGCGGCAUCAACAGAUGGAGGAGACCAAGGUGAUCCACAGAAAAGUAGAAGCCAAUUCCUUAUGGUAGAGCCUUUCAAAAAGAGCACACAUACUCAAGUUAUUCGUCAAUCCAUGUUGUCUAUCGCCUUAGAGGGAGUUCAUGUCAAAACAGGGCCUGGGCUAUUUACCUCUAUUCAUAUACCCGCUAUAGAAAGCCCCAUUCUAGCCUAUCAUCUCAAAGUGUCACGACCCAAUUGUCGAUCCUUUGAUGUUCAUUUCGCGCCCUUUUUAAGGCAAUCCAUCUCUACCAUGCACGAAUCGAAAUUUUACGUUAACUUAGCUGAUAACACGUUGGGUGGGUUAGACGAAACAGAUGUUUCAAUUCACGGCCGUUCAGCUUUUACUUCCAUUGUCAGUGCCUCUCAUGAUGUGGACCAAAACGGUUUAUCCUUUCAGAUCUGGAUGGACCCUACUUGUCCUGAACCUGUUCAAUUGGAUCUGUCCAUCGAUUGGUACGGAAGUGCGGGCCGUUUAGGUUUUCGAAACGGCAUCAUGUUGGCUACUUUUUCGUUUAUCACUGUCAUGCUGGUCUUUGCUGCACAAAUUAGAUGCUAUAAUCAUACCGGCAUUUACCCACACUUUGGUCAAGGCUUGUCCUAUUGUUUCCGACGCUCCUUGCCGUUCGUCCUACUCUCUGUCUCCAUUUGCAGUAUACUGCAAUGCACCACGACAACACCCAAUCACUAUACGUUGGAUGAUUUUUGGUAUUUACCUUCCUCUACCAAACGUCUCUCUUGGCAAGAUAUUAUGAAUGGCAAUACAGAUCCCUUCUUUUGGUGGAUUCCUUUGGCCGGAUUAGCCGCCAGUAUCGGGGUCGUCAGCCUGUUGUGGCUAGUGGUCGAAGGUGCAAUUCGUCUCAUUGCUUACCUAUCGAUGUCCUUUACCAAGCAUGUAGGUUUAGGCUUCUGGUCCAUGGUGAACCGUUCUCAGGAAACAAAGCAACAGCAAGUGCAGCGAAGAGCAUUGACUACUGUUAUCUUGUUUUUGGCAGUAGCGACCUUUAUUCCCUAUCAAUUUGUAUUUGUCGUCGCCUUUUUGGUGCAAAUUGUUACUUGUAUAAGAGCGUUGAUACGAUACAAAGUAUCCUCAAAUCAAGCGGGUCUACGCAGACUCAACCGUUACAACUAUCUACUAUCCAUUCUACUGCUCUUUUUUACCUUAUUGCCAUUUAAUUUACCUAUUCUCAUGGUUUGGAUUCGUAAUAUCUCAGUUCAUUGGUUCGUACCUUUCUCUUCUGAUCACAGCGUGCUGGCGAUUGCUCCUUUUAUGAUUCACGUAGAAAUCUUAAUCGGUAAUCGAAGGAUGUUACCUCGGCAAUGCAACAGGUCAGGAUAG